UCCGCCUUCUGUUCCUCCAGGACCUUAAAUCUGCGGAGAAAAGUGGAACUCAAAAGGAAAAAAAAACACAUUUAAUUGUGUUUGUUGACUGCGAUUUAUUUUUCCCCACUUCGAGGAGCUCGAACUUUAAAGUCUCUCGGGAUGGAUAUUAAUCGACCAGCAAAUGUCUCCUUUUUUGAUUUCGUCGGAGGAGUCCAACUUCUCCAGGGGGAGGACACCAGGACAGCCAUACCUGUCAUCCUCAUCGGGAUUUGCGUGUCCGGGGCAGUUGGGAAUUUGCUGAUUUUGCUGAUUUUCAUCCGUGACUUCAGAAACGGAAAGGGCUCCGAGGUGAAAGCGCUCCUCGCCUCUCUGGCCUCCACGGACUUGGCGAUCCUGCUGCUGUGCGCCCCAGUGCGCGCCCUAACCUACUACAAGCAGACCUGGACCCUGGGGAGUUUUGUCUGCAGCACCACGGACUGGUUCCAGCACUCGUGUGUGAUUGCAAAAACUUUAAUCCUUGCAGUCACCACCAGAGCCAAACACACGCUGGUGCCCAGCACCGCUACGGGGCCCCUCUACAGCCCGACGUGGAUCCACGGAGCCCUGGCGUUCAUUUGGAUUGUGUCGAUGAUGUUUCCAAUCCCUCAGAUGCUUUUCGCGUCUCUGGUGCCGCAUGGCCGCGACACUAUUUGCGUCUCUGAAAUGCCGAAGUGCGCGUCUGACUUCAUGAGUUUGUUCUACAAGAUUUAUCCAACUGCAGCCUUCGUGGUGCCGGUCAUCUUCACUCUUGCUUACUACACAAAAGCGCUGCACACCGCGGUGAACCACGCACCCAACCCGCAGCACCAGAGCAAAGUUACCCUGCUUUUACUGUGUCUAAGCGGCGCCCUCGGGCUCAUGCUGCUGCCAGAGUGGGGGACGUUCACCUGGAUCAGGCUUGGGUACAACAAACCUCCCGUGGGUUUGAUCAUCUUUGCGCAAGUCCUCCUUUACGCAUGCAGCUCCCUCUCUCCGGUGAUCUUGAUGACUAUGUACGACGACGUGCGCCAAGGUCUGAUCAGCAUCUGGUUCAUCGCCACCUGCAGAGGCACAAAGCCCAUCCACAGCACCAAGUGUCCAAAAACGGAGGGGAAUGGAGCUGAAGUCGGAGCCAACGCCGUCGGCAACGCGGUCUCGAAGGAGAAUGAGAAGAACUUCCCAGAUGUGGAGCACUUUUGGACAGGGCGCAGGAAUACGCACGUGGAGGAGGAGCAGGAUCCGGUUCCGUGGGAGAGAGAGGAGAAGAUGUUGUAAAUCAGAUUGUUUUGGUUCUGUUUUUUAGCAGUAGAGUUCAACUUGUUCUCAGCUGGUUUCUAGUGUGUUGACCCACCGUGCAGACCCUCGUUCAACGGCUGUUUGCUGUCGUGAGCUUGAUUAGAUGUAAAAUAAACUUGUACACUAUAAUGUUUUUUGAUGUAACACGUUUCUAUCUAUUUUGAAUAUCUGUUUUUGCCUGCAGUAUUGCUGCACUGUCAACCGUUAUUAGAGGUUUGUAUCUACAAAC